CGGUAGAUAUUAUUUCAUAUGUAUAGAGGGUAUUCAUAUACUAUAAUAUGAAUCAAAUAAGAUAUGGAUCAAAGAAAAACUACUUCUUCUGGAUCCUAAAUUAAUAAAAUAAAGAAGUGAAUUUUCAAAUUUUCAAAUUUUAAAUAAGGAAUAAAUCAUGUAUACAUCUAAACAACCUUUUCUUAAAUCUAAGCAACCCUUUAGUAAAUCCAAGCAAACUUUUAAUAAAUCCAAGCAACCCUUUCGUAAAUCCAAGCAAACUUUUUGUAAAUUCAAGCAACCUUUUCGUAAAUCUAAACAACCUUUUCGUAGGCGUCCCCGGAUUGGCCCGGGAGAUCGAAUUGAUUAUAGAAACAUGAGUUUAAUUAAUAGAUUUAUUAGUGAACAAGGAAAAAUAUUAUCGAGACGAAUAAAUAGAUUAACCUUGAAACAACAACGAUUAAUUACUCUUGCUAUAAAACAGGCUCCUAUUUUAUCUUUCUUACCGUUUCGUAACUAUGAGAACGAAAAGCAAUUUCAAGCCCAGUCAAUUUCAAUAAUUACAGGUUCUAGACCCAGAAAAAAUAGACAUAUUCCUCAAUUAACGCAAAAGUACAAUUCCAAUCGAAACUUAAGAAACAACAACCAAAAUUUAAGAAACAACAACCGGAACUUAAGUUCCGAUUGUUGAUGUUUUAUUCGAAUUUGAAAGGGCCAGACCUAUAUAUAUUAUAAAGAAAGUAAUCCAGCUCGUUGAUUCCUACCACUUAAUCUUAAUUUAUUGUAUCUUCUCGAAGUUCCCUCUCCGGGAAUUCAUCUUUUAUUAUUCCAGUAUAUUACUUUAUUUAUACCUUUAAUUGAUGAUAUUUAUUUUAUUGGAAAUCGUGUAAAGAUUAUUUGGAUUUGAUACAGCUACUUGUGCAAGCAUUUUACGAUUAAGAAUCAAUUUCUUCUUGUACAGGUUGUGUAUUAAUUUACUAUAACUAUCGAAUACUUUAUAUACCCGCGUUGCUGCGUUUAUCCGAGUGAUCCACAAACGACGAAAAUCCCUCUUUUGCCUACCUCUAUCUCGAUGAGAGGAAACAAAAGCUCUUUUUACCUGUUGGGUAAUCAUUCGAUUAAGUCUUAAAUGAGCCCCUCUAAAGUUUGAGGCAAAUGAACGCAUUUUUGUUCAUCGUCUCCGGGCUAUAUAUCCUCGCGGAACUCUGGUCAUUGAAUCAAAUUAACCUUAAUGAAUAACUAAUGAUUUCUCUUCUUUUAGCCACCCUUUUUCUCAUUAAUAACAAAACUAAUUAUUCUGAUAUAUAAACUAUUAAUUCCAAUGGCUUUUGCUAUAGUAACCUUCCCAACCACGAUUUUUUAUUCCACUCCGUUCAGUUAUUUCUAUACGAAAUAACAAAUUCAUUCUAAUAAUACUAAAAAAAUAGUGGGUUCCAUCGUUUCUAUGGUUCCCUUUUAAACGGUGAGGCCCUCUCUAUACACCGGAGCCCUUUCUUUCAUCAAAAGGUAUUGCGAACUUGUAUAGUCCACAUUCUUUGGCUCUACCUAUCCAUUAUAGAGUAAAUAGCUCUUUUCACAAUAAGAGUUAUCCAUACAGUGACGGUAUUUAAUUAUGAAAGUUGGCUAAGUAGCUGACCCUGUUAGUCCGUUCUUUUAAGAUAAAGGAGCAUAAGCCUUUUUCUUUUUAUUACUAUUUCCUCCGCUUAAUGGAUAACCAUUUGCUACCAAUGGGAGAAUUGCUUCUUAUUUCCAAUUUAGAUAAUUGGAUUUGCACCAAAGGAAACCAUAAAUUCCAUAUACCAUAGAAAUCUAGGAUAGAGAAGCUAUAUCCUAUUCAUUGGUACUAAUCAUGGAUACUUCAAUUUUUUUUAUUUGUUUGAAGUCAUGAUCUGAACGAGUCGCACAUACACCCUAGCACAUGUUCCUCGACGCUGAGGGCAUCCUUUAAGCGCGGCCGUUUUUCGAACAUUUCGUAUUGGCUGUCUUGCGUUUCUAAUAAGUUGUUUAACCGUCGGCAUAUUGUAUGUAUAUAGAAAAAAAUGGAUUGGUUUAGAUCCAUCUUAACCUGAUGAUUGCUCAUCAUGAAGUCUUUCUAUUUUCUAUUAAAUCGAGGAAAACACGAAUUUAGCUGUGAAAUAACUUUACAAGAAAUCCGGACACUACCAAUCCUUAAACAUUUCUGGAAACCACACUGGAUCAGUAUCGCAGUGCUUGUCAAUCAUUUCAUCCCCUCUGCAAUAUCGACAAGUCCAUAAGCUUUGGCUUCGUCUGCUGACAUAAAA